GUGUGCUUGCUCCGGCACCGGCGGUUCCUCUCGCCGCACUGGCUGCUCCAGCUGGCCUCGCACCUGGGCCUGCAGUGACCUACGUAUGGGUGGCUGUGGAAUGCACUGGUGGGCGCAACCGUGGCGACGUGGUCUGCAUUGAGCCAGCAGCCCUCGCGGUUGGCCAU